AAGCGAUCGGAAGGACCAGGGCCGGGGCGGGGCUUCCUCCUCGCGUCCUUGGCCGCCUUUGUGACGCAAGCGGAUGCUGGAGUUUUGAAUGCUCCGGCGGUUAUUUUGGAGUGGACGUGCGAGCGGGAGGGUGCGGGUCCGCCCGCUUUACGGAUCGCGCAGGUGAGGCUGAGGUGCGCGGGGCAGGAAUGGUGGCCGCAGGGGUAGGGAGAAGGGCGCGCGCAGGGAGGGCGUUUUUCCCGCCUUUUCACGCGGCGCUCCGGGAGACGCUGAAGCAUCAGCCCGUCCAGUUCAGUAUUGCCUGCUCUGGCUGGUAGCUGCUCUCCGGGAUUUCAGGCAGGGAGCGCCUGCCAACCCUGAGACCGGGGGUGGAGCGUGGGACAUUCUGCAUGCAAAGCUGGUGCUUUGGCAUUUAACUGCGGUUCUGCAGCAUCCUUACACGAGAGUAAACUGCUGUGGGGUUUACUUCGGAAUGCCAGUUGCUCUUGUACUCGGGUCCCGCUUGCGGGUUUCCCACAGGCAUCUAGUUGGCCACUGUGAGAACAGGAUGCUGGACUAGGUGAGCCAUUGGCCUCAUCCUGAGGGCCCUUGUAUUCUUUCUCCCCGUGGGUUGCCUUCGGAGUAAAUAUGCACUAGGAUCCGGGUGCAAAUCAUGGUUGGUAUAGGAGGGUGAUGUUGAUGUUGUUGGGCGCAUCCUACAGUCUGAGUGGUGAGAAGCACUUACCUGACUUCAGUUUCCUUUGGUAUUAUUACUACAGUGGUACCUCGGGUUACAUACGCUUCAGGUUACAGGCUCCACUAACCCAGAAAUAUUACCUUGGGUUAAGAACUUUGCUUCAGGAUGAGAACAGAAAUCGUGCUCUGGCGGCGCAGCAGCAGCAGGAGGCCCCAUUAGCUAAAGUGGUGCUUCAGAUUAAGAACAGUUUCAGGUUAAGUACGGACCUCCGGAACGAAUUAAGUACUUAACCUGAGGUACCACUGUAUUGCUGUCAAUUAAAUUUGUAUACCGCGCUGAGAUCUACAGAUGAAGGGUGGUACAACAUAAAAAUACAAUAUAAAACAGGCAAAAUGCACAAUAAAAAGAGGAACAAAGGCAAACCAAAAAAUCUCCCCUCCUACUACACAUUUAAUUGAAUGUGAAUCAGCAAAGGCUGGUUGAAGAGGAAUGUUCUAUGCCUGCUGCCUAAAGGUGUAUACUGUAAUUAAAGUGCCAGACACUGGAUGUUUUACUGGUGUUCUGUAAUAUUGGAGUAUAUUUAUAAGUAUUCCACAUCCUAUAUGUUGAGAGAGAAACCACACACUAAUGCCCCCAGAGCCCAAAAUUCAGUACUCAGUUCUUUGUGUAGUUCAAAACUGGAGUCUUUUCUUUCCAGAGCAAUACCUUAUUCCAUCCUCCUGGCUGGGUGGGAGAAGAGAAGAAAGAUAUACUGUACAGCCCCCUCCCAGCUUUUCUUUCAGAUGGCAACGUACUGUUGUCUAGUUACAGUUUUUCGAGUGGUUGACAGAGUUACUUCUGCUCAAAGAAAUACAGUAGGAGAAUCUGUAACAUGCUUAAAAGAAGAAUUUUUUUUUGAGGGACAGCCAUGCUACAGAAAAUACCAUUAAGGCUGAUGAAUUAUAGUGUGAUCCUGUGCAUAUCAGACUUGCUGUGUUUUGUGCAAGACUUACUCCCUAGUCAUGCACUCUUACUUGAAAGUAAGCCCCACUGAAUUCAGUUGGGUGUGCUUUUAAGUAAACAUGCAUACUAUUGUGAAGUUGGUUCAAAGUAGAUUAUGCUAAAGUAACUUUAUUAGCUUUAAGGUAGGAUAAAACUCUUAUUUGUUUGCUUUAAAGGGCUGUUUACUGAGGAUUUUAUUUUUUACAGCCCCUCUUUCUUCCCACUGAUGCCUGUUUUCUAUAUGUUUGAAAUCCCCAGGAAUAUGAUUUUCCACAUUUUUUUUAUUGUGACAGAGCUCCUCUUUCUACAUUUAACAGCUAGCAUUUUAUAUUGAAAAACAUUCUUAAAUUCAACACUUGACAUUACAAUUAAAACAAAAAAAAAUUUGAGAGGGAAACAAGGAAACAAUAGGGUUUUCAUUCAGAGCGCUAAAUAAUAAAAUUUUCACCUGUCAAAAAGUUAAAAUCAUUAAUUUAAUCAUUUUAUACUGUGGCUUAUGAAGGUAAAAUUGUAAAGUAAAACAAUUUAAAGCAGAAAAACGAAAUCACAGAUAAUGGGAAAGAAGAAUGCCUACCAUCAACUACAAUUGCGCUACACUAUGUCCUUUCCUGGAUAGGGAUAGCUUGAUCACUAAUUCACACACUGGGAACCUCCCCUAUGCAUUAGUGUCAUGCACUAAAGUGGGGCUAUUUCACAACUGGGGCAUCAUCAAUGAAGAGUCCCUAAAUCCCAGUUACCCACCUCAGCUUUGAAAAUGACAUCUAGGAGUAGAGCCUGAAAUGCAGAACUUAAAGAGCAGGCAGGUUCAUAGUCUGGAAACAUGUCAUACAGGAAUUCAGCUGGUGCAAACAAACCAUUUCCCAUCAUUUCCUUUAUGUCAGGAAAAGCUUUACCUGUUGAAUUUUUGUGUGCCACACAGUUGUCAAUGCCAGAAAUAAAAAAGCAACCCAACCCAGGGAAGCACUUACAAAAAGAGAAUAACAUUUGUUUCCCUUUGUGCCAUUAUUUUGCAAGGCUGGAAGGUGACAAGGAGCCAUUUUUCAGUUCAUUUCUCAUUUGUCUCUUCCUUCCCAACCACUGUGGUGAUGCUCUCAGUCAUUCACUGCCCUAAGCAGAUAACGUCCCGUUACUGACUCUUCCCCACUGGGCCUUUAAAGCCCUGAACAGCCUCAGCCCAGUAUACCUGAAGGAAUGUCUCCACCCCCAUUGUUUAGCCCGGACACUGAGGUCCUCCUCCGAGGGUCUUCCGCUGGUUCCCUCACUGCAAGAAGUGAAGUUACAGCGAACCAGGCAAAGGGCCUUCUUGGUAGUGGCACCCUCCCUGUGGAACACCUCCCCCCCCCUUUCAGAUGUCAAAGAGAUAAAGAAUAUAUAACUUUUAGAAGACAUCUGAAGGUAGCCCUGUAUUGGGAAGUUUUGUUUGAUGUUUUAUUAUGCUUUGAUAUAUGCUGUGGGCUGCCUAGAGUGGCUAGGGAAACCCAGCCAAAUGGGCAGUGUAUAAAUAUUAUUAUUACUGUCAAGUUGAUCACUGUGACUUAGCAACUGUUUAUGGUUGGAGCACUCUUUUCUAUAAGUAGUGAAAGGGCUGAAGCAGUUGACGUAUUUCAGCAUCCAUAUAUUACACAUGUGCUUCUGUUUCAUAGGGUUAUCUUCCCUGUUUCCACUGAACACCCUAGAACCUUAGGCUGAAAUAUCUUCCUUUUUCUAGUGAGAUUUCUUAAGUUACUGUUUGGGUUCCAGUCUAAGUAGGUUUGUAGGUUGUAAGUCCAAAGUACUAGGAAGCAAGUCCUAUUGAAUUCAGUGGACGGUUCUGAGUAAACUGAGCUAAAAGACUCUAAGAUACUUCCCAAGUUCAGGAAUGUUAAGUCAUUUCAGAUUUGCUGUGUAUAAUACAUGGAGGCUGGUUAUUAUUGCUUGGAGCUGUCCUUCAAUUUAGAGAGAAUUUCCGCUAAAAACGGAAUAUGAUUUGCUAAACAAAUAGCCCAGUGGUUUCCUUUCAAGUGGUAGCAUUAGGCUGUCACAAACCACAAUGUGAACUUAAGACCACUUCAUAUUUAAAUUCAGGACACAUACAGUGAACUGAAAUGGCAUCUGUGAAAGCUCCUGAAGUGCAAAGCUUGUCUUUGUUGCCUGUUAACAGAAGGGAAAACAUGCAUUUGAAAUUCUGUCUCCUUUCCUUGUUUUGUUUGUUUAGAACAUUUUAUUUAAAACUGACUGACUGUGGUAGUGUAGAUUUGACUUUGAAAUCAGACUUGCUCCAAAAUAAGUUGUUGGUUUUUUUAAUACACACAUUUUUUCCAUAGUUCUCAAAAGUGACUGUUAGCUGCAGGUGUUCUUUUGUUUUAUCUCAGCAGUGGAGAACCUUUGGCCCAACAGGGGUCCUAAUUUUACCCACAAAGCCAUUUUCUCCAAGCCAUGCCCCAAGUCAUUUUUCUAUUUAUUUUUUAUUUCAUAAAAAUUUUGUACCACUUGAUUCGGGAAAAUCUUCAGAGUGGUUUAUAUGACAUCAGGUGUGGGGCAGGUUAAAAAAAACAUGGCUGCAAACGAACAAUUGGGAGCUGUAAAGCAGGCUUCUUCAAACUCAGCCCUCCAGAUGUUUCGAGACUACAAUUCCCAUCAUCCCUGACCACUGGUCCUGCUAGCUAGGGAUCAUGGGAGUUGUAGGCCAGAAACACCUGAGGGCCGAGUUUGAGGAAGCCUGCUGUAAAGUGUACUGUGUGAGGAAAACCUGAGCUUACAGGGUUAAACAGCUCAGAGUGUACGCUCUGCCUACUAGUGGGAGGGAAAUGCUACGUCAGUUCCGAGAGACUCAAGUCUUUGUUCUGUCUCUCUACUUUCGCUUUUGAGGAGAGAGGACGUGUUUUCGCGAUGCUGUUCGCUGUGAUAGAUAAUGGAUAGCCUGCUGUAAAUAAAGCUGCUUUUAGCUGCUAAGAUCCUGUGUGGACUUUAUUUAAGCACACUGAAGAAUGCACUGGAGUUUUGUUUUGGUUUCCUCUUACCGCUGUUGAAACUCUGCUAUGCUGAGAUGAGUCGGACUUUUGGAAUGCAGAGGCCCGUGAUGGGGGAAGCGUGCCGGACCAAGCUUAUCUGAGCAAUAAAUCAAAAUAUCUCAGAUAUCUUACCAAGAAACUGUUGCUUGUUUCUUGGUAAGCAGGGCUUCCAAGACCUGCUAGGGUUGGUUCCAUUCAGGAGUACUCAAUCAGAGCUCCCAGGUGGAGUGCAUCCCUGACAAAAUUGGGAUUUGAAGUCAGCACCAAUCAGCUGUUUGGUGUGACUUCAAGCCCCAGUGAGAACAGGGAACUUCGGAAUAUAGCUUGUCCCUGCUUGAAAGCAGGGUGUGAAGAAAAUGGUGUUCGGCAAUGACUUCAAGCGCUACUUUGACUUGAAGAGGUGCAGCAUAAGGGGCAGAUAGGUUCUCUGAAAUCAUGGUGACACCAGGUGAUUAACAGGUGGACAGUCCCACCCACCUGUCAGAGUGGCUUGCAAGGGUGAGGAAGCUCAGGAUACAGCCCCCCAGCUGGAUCCUUUUCUUUGCCAUUGUUUUAUCUGAAGUCAUGACACCAUCUCAAGUUUGAAAUAAAACCUGCCUUGUUACGUUUAUUCAUUUUUGAUAAAAAGUAUCAACCUUGACUUGUAUGAAAUGUAUUUCUGUAACCCAUGUUGUACAUGUCUGGGAAUAGAAAAAUAAAGCUUUUUAAAAUAGUGUUUUGAUUACUUAGCAUGAUCCGGAUAACCGAAGUUCCACCCCACAAAAAAGCCUGCAGAGGAAAUAAAAGUUUGCUAAAGAUCAUUAAAACUCUGUGCACAUGCAUACCUUUCUUUAUCCAUCUGCUGAAUUUAGGAAACUUCUGCUGUGAUCCUCAAGAUGCUUACUCAGGAGUAUUUUGCUUAUUUCUGGGUAGACAAGUGUUUAGGAUAAUAAAAUAUUCCCAGUUUCUUUUUCUGUAAGAGGAAUGAUCGAAGAUAGUGAAGGUUGUAACUUUUCCCAUCUGCUUCUGUCCAUGUUACACAGGAAACCCUACCUGUACAGAUGAUAUCAGUUGAAAUACUUAGAGCUAGUGGAUCUUGAAUGCCUUUGGAAAUUAUUGAGAAAAGAAUAUUUUUUCAGGAGAGGUAAUCAAAAAACAAAAAAGAUUUAUGAUUUGGUUGUUUUGUAUAGUCGGCUAAAUACUGUUGCCAACACAGAGGCCUUUUGCCAAUUUCAAACCAAUGUCCCUCUUGGAAGCCAUCCUCUGAAGUGGGGGUGGGCAGAGAGUUAUCUCUUGUUGGAGCUCUGUUUGUGGAAUAAAAUCUCUGCAAGCUGUCUUUUGAGCAGCAGGCAAAAGCCUUAUUUUUGCAGACCUGUUUUCUCCCAAAUGGAUGAUCCUGCAUGGAGCUUAUAACUAGGAUUUCUAUGUAGUAUCUGUUUCAGAACUUUUUAUUGGUGCAUACUGUAUUCCUAAAACAAUUAAAAUUAGCUUUUCAUUCAAAACUUAACAUAUGGUCAGUGUAAUGCAGCGAUAGUGGUGCAAAUUCAUUAGUCUCCUUUCCAGCUAGCCAAGCUAAACUGUUGUGAUAUCUUUGCUUGUUGGAGAAGUGGGACGUUGGAGGCUAACUUAAACUGACAUAUUGUGUUUGGGAAGAAGAUUUUAAGCAAAGUAUUAACCUUACACUAGGCAUAGAAGAUACUUGCAUCUUGGGGUUUGCUGUAUUGCAAAGUGGCUUAUUUUGCAGGCUUAGAAAUUCAACUUACCACUGAGAUUUUUAUUGGGUAUCUACUAGAUUGGUACCCAAGGGAACAUUCCAAGUCAUUCUAAGGGAGCAAGAGGCAUUUAUAAUGGCAAAAUACCCUUUUGUAUAAGCUUACUGGCUCAUGACGUACCUUUCUGGAGUGUUGGAUAACAACUAUACUGUCCCAGAGCAAGUGCCUUUAUGACCUAAUUGCUCCAAAGUAAUACCUUUGUGACCUGUUAUCUCAUCUCACUGCUUGCCUCUUCAGUUGACACAAAAACUCAACUCCCCUCUCAUCCCCUCCCCUACCCCUCCUUCCCUCUUUUUUUCUUUUUCUUCACUUGUUCCUUAUCAUCUUAUUUUUCUGGAUGAAGACUGAAGGCAGGACUCUCAGCUGACUCACAGAGACAAAAUAGCUAACUGCAAGGACGCUAGGAGCUUAUUUUCUUCCAGCUAAUUUUGUACCACCGAAAAGAUAAUGUAUUUGCUUUUCUGAAUUUCAAGUUUAUUCUAAAAAUGUUGUUGUGGCUACUUUUAAAAAUAACGGCAAAUUUCAAUGAACUACUGAUUAAUACAAAACCUGAAGCCAGAUUUGUCAUGACAGCAGAAAAGUAUACUGAGUAGUUAAACCAAUAAUUCUGUUUCCUGUACUUUGUUUUUAAUUUGAAACAGAGAAUACUGGGUAUGGUACUAGACUAAAAAGACUAAUAUCAGGUAUGCUGCAACUGAUUUUUUUUCUUCUUCCAUAUUUAACAGUUGGAAGGAGAACGCUAGGAUGAGUGAUAACAUUGUUGGCUGCCUUCAGAAACUGAGUAAGUACCGUGCAUGUUUACUUAAUUAAUGCAGGCUUCCUCAAUCUUGGCCCUCCAGGUGUUUUGAGACUAUAAUUCCCAUCAUCCCUGACCACUGGUCCUGCUAGCUAGGGAUCAUGGGAGUUUUAGACCAAAAACAUCUGGAGGGCCGAGGUUGAGGAAGCCUGAAUUAAUGUAACCAAAUGCCAAUCAUGGAUUUGUACAAAAAAAGAACUGUGUUUUUAAUGCUAGUGCAAUUUGCCAUUUCAAAUUCAUGUAACAAUUGUUUCAGGGGCUGGAUAAUUAACUAUUCUUGGACAUUGUCACUCUGCCCCAUUCUUAAUAAGCCUAGCUGUACCAAGGAGCUAAAGGUUCCAUACCUUGUUCUCCUCCCCAUUUUAUCCUCCCAAAGGUACUGUGAAGUAGGUUAGGCUGAGAGAGGGUCAAGGUCAACCAGUAAGCUUUCUAGCUGAUGGAAUUUGAACCUUGGUCUCCCAGGUCCUAAUCUAACCUCUGUACCACACUAACCUGCUACAAACAAGCACUGCAGUAAUUACUGGCAGAUGGAAUUUGAAAGAUUUAUUUAAACUGAUACCUAACCUUGCAAUUAGAUUUGCAGUCCCUGCCCCAAAUCUUCAGACAUAGAAUGCUUCAUCGUCUAUGUAUCUUGUUCUUGGCUUUGUUAUCCGUACUGGAUCAGUCACUAAAACCCCCAUGUUGGACAAUCUUCAGUGUUCUAGCAAUUUUGUUUUAGUUCUGAUUUUUCCUAUUGAACUCAACAACUGGAUGCAAUGUUCCCAUAUUUUUGAAGAGGGAGUGUAUGUGUCUGUGAUUGUGAAUUGCCACUGUUCCAGAAAUAUGGGUGACCUCUGUGCCAAAACAUAGUUCAGCACAGAGAAAUGCACCACAGGGAGCUUCAGGGUCAUGCUCCGCUCAUUCAGUGCUUCCAAACGCCCUCCCCAGCUGUGCAAGGGAGGGGCACUCACUGCAGCUCAUUCCUGUCUCUGAACAUCAUGCCACACAAUGCCUCCUCCCCCUCCCCACUUUCCUCUAGCAGGAGCAUCUGCUAGAUCUCAGUCCCUUCUUUGAAUGGAAGGGAUACUGGAUGCAACCCAUUGUGUCCAGGUAUUGUUGCUUUGUGUCGAAAGGGUAUAUCUUACAACUUGAAACAUCUGUUAAACAUCUAAAGAAAAAGUGGCAUUUCAGAGAACUAACGCACUAUAUAAAAUUGCUUCUUAAUAUUUUAGCCUGUGAAUUUUGUCAACGGGCUGAUGACCGUCCUGAAAAGUAUGGGGAAAGGAGGACUUACGAGGACUACAAUCUCACUGUUCAUUAUUACUGUGUGGUAAGUAUUUUCUUUUGAACCAGCAAAGUUCUAAAUACUUUGCUACAGUGAAAACCAACACAGAGCAUGUGUAUGUGGGUUUCUUCAGUAAUGUUUUUUCUCAAGUGGAAAGUUAUCAUUUUUAUAACUUAGCAGUAAUCCAUUCCUUUAUUGUAGUUAAUGUCAAGUGGGAUUUGGCAGAGAGGUGAAGACGAAGAAGGUUUUUAUGGGUUUUUACCUGAGGACAUCCAAAAAGAAAUUAAUCGAGCUGCAAGACUGGUAAGAAUAUAUCUUGAAUGUUGAGACUGUUCCAAAGAGUUAUCUGACCAGAAGGACAUAGCAUCAUGUAUACCAGUACAAUAUGCUAAAAUAUGAUAUAGUUGAGUUUCACUAAGGCUACAGUCUUGCUCUGGCAUUAUAGGCAGAUAUUGAUGCAACUGUGUUGGUUAAAGAAAUCUGUAUAGCAUUAAGCAGUCAUUUCUAGUUAAUGGUUAGGAUAGCAGUGAAUAAAACCCAGGGAAUUAAAAAAAAAUAGUUGUAGUAAACAAUCCUGCUUCUUUCUUUUUUUUGAAGUUGAGAAAGCCAAAUCACUUCUCAGGUAACCUGUAGAAUUAACUGUAUAAAAACAGUUAACUUCUGUGAUUGGUGUUAAGCAAAAUUAAUCAAAUCUCUAAACUAACGGUUCUGGAAAUGCCAAAAGCAUGCUAGAAAUUUCUGCCACAAAUAGAAGUACUGAAGAUGUAGAGUGGGAAUUGGGAGUAAGAUACUUACAUAUAUUUUUAAGACAGAGUCAUUAAUGCUGUUCUGUUGUUAUAUAAAGUUAUUUGCAAAUCUGAAAGAUAGCAUUUUAAAUGUUCACAUUAGCUGGAGUUCUGUAUACAAAAUACUAGUGAUAAUGGACAAUUCUGAAUGAGUGGCUAUGCAGAUGACAGGAUUAUUGCUUGGUUUUGCAGUGAACCAAAAGAGAAAAGAAAGCUAGUUACAUUUUCAUUUACAUAAUAGAAAAAUGAACUACAGUGGAACCUCUACUUACAACCAUAAUCUGUUCCGGAGGUCCAGUCAUAACUAGAAAUGUACAUAAGUAGAGGUACACUUUUCCAUAGAAAGUAAUGGAAAAGUGAAUUCAUCCGUCCUAGACGAUGAGAAACAUCCCCUAAAACAGUAACUUAACAUGGAUUUUACUGUCUAACGAGACCAUAGAUCCAUAAAAUGAAGGCAAUAAUCAAUGUACUGUACUAUAAAAUAAAUAAGACAGUACCGUAGAUGAAAAAAAUUAACUUUUUUUUUUCUUACGUGCACUGAGGGUGGGCGGGCUUACCUGGCUACAAGCUGGGGGUGGGGCAAGGGUCAGUAAAGAGCUGGUUCACUUCGGCCAGGGUCACUUUUUUUUCUUGCCAGGCCAGGUUUUUUUCUGGACUUCCUCAGGUUAGUUCCUCGGCGGGGUUUGGGGCUACAGUGCGCCCUGCUGCGCCUCUUCCACAGCUUCGGGGGUGGGAUGGGGGCCCUCUCCCCAGCAGCAGAGACCUCAGCGCUGCUCCACAGCCAGCCGGGCUAGCUCCGGGAUGCUGGCAAGGCCUCUGUUCAUAUCUAGAGAAAAGUUCAUAAGUCGAAGCACCUACUGAAGGUCAUAACUGGAACGGUAUGUAAGUAGAGCUGUACGUAAGUCAAGGUUCCACCUCGUGGAACAUUUGAGAAAAGGCUUGUUAUUGUUUUGACUAGUAGUGAUGAAUUAUUCAACAGUGCAUUUCUCUUAAUAUACAUUUUAUACAGUUAUAUAUUGCUUCUUAUUUUAAGCAGAGGUUAGAAUAACUACUAAAACAAAAAAUUAAAACAACUGGUGGUAUUUGUUUUUAGAAAUGUGCUAUCUGUAAGAAAAGAGGUGCUUCAAUUGGUUGUGUGGCGUCCAGAUGCAAACGAAGUUACCACUUUCCUUGUGGGGUAGAGAGAGGAUGCAUUUUCCAAUUCAGAGAAAAUUUUCCGUAAGUUAUUUUCAUUAACUUUUAGUAAAAUUAACUAGAGCCAAAAAGCUGCAAGUUGCAAAGUUCUUGUUAAUGUGGAGUUAUUUAAAUACAAUAUAUAAAUUGGAUGAUAUCUAGUUGUGGCGUCCCACUUGCACGACAGAUUUCCACUCACAUAAAAACAGGAAUCCCUCUUGCUCUUCUCUCAUCUUGCAACCACAUAAACACCUCCCAAAUCCCUAGAGAUCAGAUAUUACCAUUGGUUAGAACUGUUCUGCUGUGCAUAGUAAUGCAACACCUCUACUGCUAUUUCAUUCAUUGCUUAUUUGGCUUACUUUGGGUCUUAAAAACACCCUUCUCUCUGUACACAUUGUUUAUAUAUACAUAUCCACUUAGGUGAUCACUUCAUAUAUCUGAUGUUGAUUCCAGCCCACAAAAGCUUAUACCAAGAGAAAUUUGUUGGUCUUAAGUUGCCCCAUGUUUCUUUGUUGCUUGGAAUGUCAGUAAGCUUUUACAGAUAAUAACCUUGCAGUGGCUCUGUAUUUUUCAGGUCAUACUGUUGGAAACACCGACCCACACAAAAACGUUCCCCAACCUCUAAAGGAUCAUCACAGUGUACCAUAUGUUUAGAGUUGGUUGAACAUGCACCAUCGUAUAACAUUUUGGCAAGUCCGUGCUGCAAAAACGCUUGGUUUCAUAGAGACUGUUUGCAGGUAUGUCCAGAACACCACAAUAAUAUUACUUUCUUUUACUACUAAAAAGAAGUAUGCUGUACAAUGAUGGAAAGCACUUGUAUAGUUUAAUCCAAGUAGGACCGGCAAUAAAAAUGUUGCAAAAUUGAAUGUUCCUGUUCAGGGAGCCAGCCAGCUUUGCCCUCUUCCAGGAGACUUCAUUUCAGGUUGGGGACCAAUUCAGCUUCAAGCAAAGAACUUUAAAGUGAGUUCCUUACUAUUCCUUUGCUGAAGCAAGAUGAACACCUACCCACCCAUCAGCUGAUCCUGAUCAGCUGAUGAGCAGUGGGAGUGUACCUUGCUUCAGAAUCAAGAAGGGGUUUGCAUUGAAACCCCUGCUAAAACUGAAGAAAGACCUUCAUAUUUAGCAACAUUCUCUAUGCAAACUGCUUCAUGAACCUGAGAAGCCUCUAUAGAGCAGGCAUGGCCAAACUUGGCCCUCCAGCUGUUUUGGAACUACAACUCCCAUCAUGCCUAGCUAACAGGACCUGUGGUCAGGGAUGAUGGGAGUUGUAGUCCCAAAACAGUUGGAGGACCAAGUUUGGCCAGGACUGCUAUAGAGGCACACUCAGAACAUUCCUAGAGAGGCUUUUUACCUGAUAUCGCUGCGACAUCAGAUGAUUGUUAGGUGAUGGCUCCACCCACCUGGCAAAUCUUACCCAUGGUGGUAGGGCAAAGACAGAUCUGGCCCACCAGGGGGAAAACGGUUUCCCACCCCUGCACUAAAAGCUAACUGAAAUAAGAGUCACAAAUUCUAUAAUAACUGGCAUGGGAGCAAACUAUAAAGUUUUAUAAUGCAUCAGUGGUGUUUCCUAGAGUAGCAUAAGCAUGCAUGUACACAAACAAAUUUCCAUAUCCCUACUUCAAAGUUUACAAUCUAAAUGUCAUUAGUAAGAUUUGGGAGGACGAUAAAAGGAAUGAAUAUGAGCAAAUGCAGUAACAUGUACUUGGGAAAAUCAGUUUUCUGUUGGAAACCAGGAUAGAACUGCCAAACUCAUCCUGUACUCUUUAGCCAUAACUACUGAUAAUGUGGAGUAAAUGUGCUUUUUGCAUUGAAAGCUUUACAAGCUCAGAACUAGUAAGCACUUGCAAAAUUAACAGGAUAUAGCAGGCAAUGUUACAACUGCUCCACUGGCUACCGGUCUGUUUCCGAGCACAAGUCAACGUGCUGGUUAUGACCUAUAAAGUCCUACACAGCUUAGGUCCCGGCUAUCUGAAAGUUUUUCUUUCUCAUAUGAACCUGCAUGGGACCUGGGAUCUUCACUUGCACAGGCAUCCUUGAGCGGGGGGGGGGGGGCAGGAUAUAAAUAAAUAUAGUAAUGGUAAUAAGCAUUAAAGAAAUUGUCAUUAGUAUAGCCUACUACAGAUACUGUGUUGUACCCUCAUCUUGUCUCUUGUACCCUCAUCUUGUCCAGCAUCCAGAAUCUUGUCUGAUUUACUGAUCAUUUUUCUCUCUUUUGGAUCCAGUGUCAAGCGCUAAGUGCAGGGGUAUUUUUCUUUAGAUGCCCAGUAUGUAAUAAUAAAGAGAAAUUUCAGAAUGAAAUGUUGAGAAUGGGCUUACAUAUUCCAGAAAAGUAAGUACCUCCCAAAAUAUUGUUUUAUUUUUAAGAAUAUAUUGUACAGGUUUAUAGUUAAGGCUGUAUACCACUAGGUAUAUUUAACAGGAGAGUGAGAUAUACAUGGUUAAUUCUCUUUUGAAAUUUAUGGUGUAUUAUUUUGUAUCAUUUUUCUAUUAAGCUGCUUUUUUCAUGGGUUUAUAUUAAGGGCAGGAGGCAUGUUUUUCAUUAGUUUUAAUAGUAAAGGUUGAAAUUAAGAUGCAAGAUGGAAAGAACUGAACAUUUUAGCUACUGCAAAGUAUUUUAACAACUCAUUUCUUAAGAGAUGAAGGCACAGAGACUUAGAUUAGGAGACAAAUGAUUUUUGUCAAGACACACACAAUACAAAGCCGCAUUUAACCCUAGAAAGGGAUGUGGGAAAUCUUUUUUUGAAGUUUUCCAAAUUUUGUAAAUGCUGGUUGUUCAGGAACCCAGGGGUUAAUCAGCUUGCUCCGAUAGAUGGGAGAUCUGAAUUACAAAAGCAUAGACUAUCCAACAGCUACUGAUUUUCUGUAGAUUCCAUCUUCUCUUGAUAAUAGUAAAAUCAUAUAUUACUAUUGAAACAAGGAAAGCUGCAGUGUAGGCUUGAAAUGUUCAAAUAAGUUUUAAUGUUUCCAGAGAUGCCUCCUGGGAACUGGAAGAGAAUGCAUACCAGGACCUUCUUCAGUGCUACCAACACUGUGACGUCAAUGUCUGCCUCUGCGAAAAUGGAAGAAACUACAGUGAGCCAGAUAGGUAUUAAUAAAUGUGGUCCUUGGACAUAAGCAUGUUUAAUAUGCUCGUAGUUUAUAGGAAUGUCAUCUUGUCCUGCUUCCAUCCAUAAUUAAAUUAAAUUAAUUUAAUUCAAAGUCAGUUGGACAUGAUGAUGACCACAUAAGUGCCUGGUGGAUCAGGCCCAUCUAGUCCACCAUCCUGUUCUUGCAAUGACCUUCCCUAGAUGUCUGUAGGAAGCCCCACUAUAGGGCCAGCUGUGGAGGUAGAACAUAAUUGUCAUAGUUAGUAGCUGUUGAUCACCUUAUUCUAUAUAUGGAAUUAUACUAAGACAACAAAACUAGUGUUCCUUAACUUAAAUUGCCUGGUGAGUUUUUGUUUCCUUGUAAUAAGAUAUUGGCAUAUUGAUUUUAUGUUGCCAGUCAUUAGGUCUUCAUGUUUAGAAAUCUGAAACUCUGAAGAAACAGGAAAGCAUGCACCCUAUGUGUGUGUCAACAUUAGAGGACCUGGUCCAUGUCCCAUGCCAUCACUAGGAAGGUUUCAUCAUUAUUUUUAUUCCUUCAAUGAAGUGGUGGCUUUUCUAGAAGGCAUUGGGGGAUGGCAUACUUUGACUAUCUGUAGAGCUGAGUUACCAUUAGGUUGAACUGAAUGGCUAGUUCUGCGAGCUGAAUAGAACAUUUGAGUCCUGCCCAGUGUGCUUUUGCAGCUGUGGAGUUAUGUUUGAUUCUUUUUAAAAGUGUAUUAUUUAUUAUUGCUAGGUAUCUUGUAUCCUUUGCUAAAGAGAGCCAGGGUAAAUAUAUUAAAUAUAAAAUAAUAUUGGUAAUCUUUGACCUGCACCUCCCAUUUUACCACAUAUAUGUUGCAACUGAAAUUUAUGUCCCAUCUUGGGAAAUAUACUGAUGCAAAGUGAAGCCAUAACUAGUUACAUUGAGUUAACUCUUCUCUUUUUUAAGUUUAACGGUCUUAAUUUUUAAAAUGCAUUUUUGUUUUCUUUUAGCAAAUGGGAAAUAAAGCGCUGUCAAUAUUGUGGUUCGAGUGGAACUCACUUGGCAUGUUCCUCACUAACAAGUUGGGAGCAAAAUUGGGAAUGCAUAGAAUGUAGAACUAUCCUUGCCAAAUCAACUGGUAUGAAACUGUUCACCAUUCUACUUGAAUUAAUUUAAACUUUUUUAAAGAUUUUAGAUGAGAAAUUGUGUUAAUUUCAUUACACAGGGAACUGUCAGAAAUGGCGAAAGCGUUCUCGGAGUAUGCCAGAAAAAACAGAUAUUGGCGAUAGCUUGCUGGAAGAGCCGUCACCCAAAUGUCCCAGACAGUCUCCUGGAUCCCAUCUUGGCUUCCUUGUCAGGCAUGUGAUGUUCUUUCAUUUGCAGUUGUGUGGAAACAAACAGGCAGUGUUCACACAUCAUGCUAAACCACAGUUGAACGCAAUGUAAAUGAACAGGAAUGAGCUGCAGUGAACCUCAUGUUUAUGCUCGCUCUUCCCACAUGGCUGGGGGAUGUUGAGAGUUCUUACUUUUGGUUCUGCAGUCUGUAACACUGGUCAGUUGCCUGUCCUGGCUGAGGUCCACCCCCAUGCCCAAAGGAGCAGAUGUGCAGUCUGGGGGUUCUUGUGGACCCAGCAUUGCCACUGGAGGCCCAGGUAGCCCCAGUAGCUAAAAGUGUCUUUUACCAGCUGCAUUUGGUAUGACGGUUUCAGCUGUUCCUGGGCUGGGAAAGCACUGGUGACUUCAAGAUUAGAUUAACUCAGUAUACUCUAUGUGGGGCUUCCCUUUCACUUUGCCUGGAAACUGCAGUUAAUGCAGAAUGCUGCAGCAUAGUUGCUGACAGGAGUAAGGCCCUGUCGGCACAUAAUGCCUCUGCUCAGAGAUCUGCACUAGUUGCCGAUUUGUUCAAGCCAAGUUUAAGGUUUAACUGUUCUUAUAUAAAGCCCAUAAUGGCUUGGGAAUGUUUUCCUUGCGGCAUCACCUUACUCCAUAUAUGUCACUUGACCAAAAUUGGCACUGUUAAAGGUGCCACGUAAUAUUCAUUCCACAGUUGUGAGAAAUUGAUAUUUUAGUGUGGCAGCACCUAUACUAUGGAAUUCCUUGCCUUUUAGUACCAAGCAGCCACCUUCCCUGUACUUUAUUUCAGUGCCAGCUUCAAACCAUAGCUACUGAAACUGACAUGUUUAACUGUGGUUAAGACUAACCCCAAUUCCAGAUCCAGAGGAUGUGGCAAUGGUGGGUAAUCAAAAGCAAAACCUUCUGUUCCUGAACUCCAGCCUGCACUGGGAUUGGACAGUGGGGAUGUGCUAUCAAAUUUAAGGCUUGCUGCAGCUCAUUCUUGUUCAUUCAUGUGGCAAAGCUUGUGUGAACAUCGGCACUAUCAAAUUAUAGUUAGAGCCUAAAAAUAAUAACUGAUCAAAGGGCUAAAUCAUGAAUUCAACCUAAUGUUCCAGAGUUUUUUGUAGCAGCUCUUCAUUCCAUCCAGCAAGCUGUUCUGAAACUUGGGGACUUCAGAAGCAGCCUGCAAUAUAUUCUUUGAAUGGGGAGUAGCAUAAAGCAUGUAAUUUGUUUAAGGACAUGGUGCAAAUCUUAUUUUGUUUGCAUCUAGAAGCAAUCCUUCAUGCCUGAAGUACUCAUUUACAAAAAAACAAAUGUAAUUUACUGACUGUACACUUGUCAUGGACAAUAUUGUAUGCUGGAGAUACCUGUAUCCUGACUCAGCUGUUUCUGAGUCAGGGUAUGGCUAACUCAACUAACAAGGUGGUUGGGCUUCUUCCCUUCUAGGUCCCCAAAGAUAUGCCCCAAUGUCUUUACUCAGUGUUCACAACUAGAUCUCCCCUCUUCGAAUAAUAGACUGAUAUCCCCUUCCUCUGUGAUUAGUCCUUCCGUGAGGAAUCUGACACUAAGAAAAACGUAAGUAAAUGUUGAACUGUCAGCCAAUUUUUUAUUUUAUACCAAAUGAUUGAAUUUGGGGGCAGGGAUUGACCCUGAGGUUGCAGCCCAGUGGAAUUUUUACCUCCCACUGGGGACUGCUAUGGGCAGGAGAACAAGUAUGAAACAACUUUGAGAUCCAGUGUCAUGUCAGCAUACACGAUGGGGCUUUCCCUUCUACUCUUGCCCACACACCUUCUGACUUGGCCUCCAAAUCAGCUCCAAAUGUUUCUUUGACUUCCAGAGCAGAUUCUUUGGCUGGAGGCAGGAAGAAAGGACAGGAAAAUAACAUUUGCACAAAUAGUAGUUCAUUGCAGUAUCAAGAUAUCACAAUUAGAUACUGCCCAUUAGGCUCGUGGAAAUAGUUUAAUGAUUCUUUUGAUCCAGACCAUUGUUUUAAGGUUAGAUAGAGACUGGGGGUUAUAUGCAACUGCUCCUUCCUCUCCUGCAUCUGAAGCCCCCAUAAACCUUCAAAAAUAUGCUCCAGGUUGGGACACCUUUUGGAGCAUAUUUUUGAGAUGCACAGGGGGCUGCAGAGGAGGAGGAGAAGUCCCAUCACACUAGUAGAAGUCUGCUUGUAUAGUAUUAGAUACAAUCCACUACACUGAUUUUACUGAGAUACAUAACUGAGUGGGGAACAUAGUAUUUAAAGAGAUGGUGCACAGUUGUUUAUCAGCAUUUUGUCUGACCCUGUUCUCAACAAGAAACUUUGUGCUUCCUUAUUUAAAUGUUAUUGAAUUGUUUUGAGUAGUAAGUAUGCUGAUUCUAAAGAGAGCGAGAGAGAUAUCAUGCUGUUAGCAGUUUCAGUGAGCUACUUAUUAGGAUGCCAUUAGUAAUUUAUUCUGGAAAAAAAUAGAGCAACUUGAGGUUACAUGGUUAUAUAUACCCAGAACUAUUGCUGUACAUACCUAAGUAGAUGCUGUGCUAAUAAAACAGACCUUUUAUUUUGUGCAGGCAACUUGUAGUGCAGCAAAGAAAAGUUUCCAAUAUUCUGAGAGAAUUAAGAUCACAAAUUAAUACCAAACGAACAAGACUGAAUAUCAAUAGACGAAACAUCUGGGAUAGCGCCUUAAAGGGAUUUCAAAAGCGGAGCUUCAAUCCUGCCAAUACUAUUGAAGUAAAGUACAUAAACUGCAGGACAAAAACACAUAUGGAUUCAUCAAAGGGAGAUUUUUUUCUAUUACUGAUUCUUCACCUUCAGAACUCCUCGCUCUUUGAAGGCGAUUCCUCAAAAAUAUUGUCUUUUGAUUCUCAAGGUAAGCCUAAAUUAUAAACAUUUGAAAUGUUUUUGGAGGGAAGUGGGUACAGUCGUACCUUGGAAGUUGAACGGAAUCUGUUCCGGAAGUUUGUUCAACUUCCAAAACGUCCAGGAAGCUCCUGCAGCCAAUCGGAAGCCGCAGUAGCUCUGUUGGACAUUUGGCUUCCAAAAGAACAUUCAAAAACCAGAACACUCACUUCCAGGUUUCGACCAUUUAGGAGCUGAUUUGUUCGGGAGCCAAGGCUUUUGAAAUCCAAGGUACAACUGUAUGCUUCUUUCUCCCUUCUCCAUUGGGUUCUGAGCACUCUUGAUGUGGUUGGUGUGCAGCAAACCUGUGAGGUGAAUUAGGUGAUCUUAAGCAAGUGUCUUCCUACCAAACAAGCUGCAUGGGUUGAGCAGAAAUUUGAACCUAGAUCUUACCACAAUCUAAAUUCAAAAACUCGUAUCAACUACACCACACUGGCUGUGUACUGCAAGUUCAGUAAUACGAAUUCUCCAAUUAAUAUUAAUAGGAAUAUUCACUUAGUUAUAUAGGAGUCUCCUUACUCUCUUUGCUGUUUAGGCUGCUCAGAAAUAGCAAAACUGGUAGUGGAUGGAGCAACUACAAUUAGAGGGGUGCUGGUAAUUGUAUUUUUGAGUUUUUAUUGACUCUGUCCAGGUAACAAAAACCAAUACAAGUAGAGGAGAUACCUUCUGCUCUAGUGUUUUACUAUGUAUCAAGGGACAGGAGAACUAUUAAAUAGUUUUAAGUCAUGGUUUUUGGGGUAAUGAAAAUUGUCUUUGUUAAGCUCUGGUGAGCAUAUUUGCUGGCAUACCAAAAAAAAAACCUGAGCAUUUGCCCCAUGUAGAGUUGAAGUAGAGUUGAUGGCUCAGUUUCCUUUCUGACUAAAACUCCAGGGCAACUUUUUGUGACCACAGGGGUUGGGUAUGCAGUGGGGAAGGGAAACAGACAAGUCCUGGUAGUUUAGCAUAAAUGUCCAGCCCAUUUCUUUUGUAUCCCAUAAGUACAGUUGGCUUACAUAGAUUUAGAUAAAUUCAUGGAAGAUGGGCACUUGUUCAGAUGAAUGGUGCCUCUGAACACUAAGUGCUGGCAACAAAUGGGGGAAGAGAGCUGUGGCCUCUGUGCACUUUUUCUGGGCUUCCAGGGGCAUUUUAUUGGAUGGGAAACAGAAUAUUGAAGUACAGUGGUGCCUCGCAAGACGAAAAGAAUCCGUUCUGCGAGUCUCUUCGUCUUGCGGUUUUUUCGUCUUGCGAAGCAAGCCCAUUAGCGGAUUAGCGCUAUUAGCGGCUUAGCAGGCUUAGCGGAUCAUCUGAUAAGCAGCUUAGUGGCUUAACGGAUCAGCUCUUAAGCGGCUUAGCGGAUCAGCUGAUAAGCGGCUUAGCGAUCAGCUGUUAGCGGCUUAGCGGCUUGGGAAAAAGGGGGGGGGGAGAGGAAAAAAACCCCGCAGGAACUCGCAAGACAUUUUCGUCUUGCGAAGCAAGCCCAUAGGAAAUUUGUUUUGCGAAGCACCUCCAAAACGGAAAACCCUUUCGUCUAGCGGGUUUUCCGUCUUGCGAGGCAUUCGUCUUGCGGGGCACCACUGUAGGUGUGCAGUUAGUUAGACUGAUUGGGGCUCAUCCCAGCUGCAUUUAGUAAGCACAAGAGUUAUUUUACAUACUUUGUACUUUCAGCUCUUAAAGAUAAUUUAUACUAUGAAGCUGGAAAAAUGAUAGCAGUUUGUCUGGUUCAUGGAGGGCCAUCUCCUAGCUUCUUUUCCAAGACCUUGUUUGACUGCCUUGUUUAUGGCACAGAGAAUGUGAAACCAACUAUUGAAGAUGUUGCUGAUGUGACUGUUCUGCAGACAAUAGAGAAGGUAGGUUGUUCUACAACUGCAUAGCACUAUAGGGAUGGGUCUUGGUAUUUUUUUCUCUUUUAACAUCUUAAUUUUAAAUCAAUUUGGUAUUGAGGGCAUUUCUUUUCUCAGCAAUAGUUGGCAUAAUAUAUGUGCCACUUAUUUGUCAGCCAAAAGUGAUCAGACAUAAGAUCUGAAACAAAGAGGAAGUUGCAUCCAUCCAUUUGAAUUUAUUCAUCAAAUUAACUAGUUGAUGUUUGAUUUCUUACUGUAGAUAAAAUCUGCAAGAACUCUGAACAGCUUAGAAUCAGCAAUAAGUGAUUGCUCUGAAUAUCUCGCCAUUGCUGGAUGUUUGAAACCUGUAACAGCUCUACAUGAUAAGAAUGUGUUGGUGAAUGAGAUAUUGAAUUACCAUGUCAUAAAGAGAACACUUUUACCUUUUGAAAGGUUUGUUUUGCACAUAGAACCCAUUACUAUACUUUUGCAGUUUAUACUCCAGGGUUCUGUAGCCACACUCUUUCCAUGUGAAUUAACUCAUGUUUUGCAUUUAUAAAUUAAAAUUUUACAAGUCAAGUUUCACGUGUUAUGAAGAAUUUAUUGUUCUAGUGGUGGCUUCCCCUCUCAUUUACUAGUACUGAAAAUAUAAAAUUUUAUUAUGACACCAAGUGAAAGAUGUAUUGCUGGUAAUUGCAAGUAGGCGGAGUGCUGUUGCACUCAUGUCCAGUUUGCAGGCUUCUCUCACACAUUUGGUCGGCCACUGUGAGAAUAUGAUCCUAGGUGAGCCACGGGCCUGUUCUUAAUAUUGUUCAUCUUACGUUGUUACUCAAAAAUGCUUAAAGAUAUUUGGUAUUUCAAAUUUGAAAAACUGAGUUGUUGGAUGAAUACUUAAAUAUACUUAAUAGUGUCCCAAGGGAGGAAGCUCUGCAGCUUUCUUUCACUGGGGCGAGAUCCAUCAUUUUACCUGUGGAUGUGACAGGAUUUCCCUUUUUGGCUGCCUCUAUAGCCUCCCUGCUCCCUAAUCUGUCCUUCAGGAUCCCCCAACUUUCCAGAACGCUUUCAGGGAGUGUACUGGGGCUGCCUGGGAGAAGGGAAAAGAGGGAAAUUCCUGUAAGCUGGAUGCCACACUUGGACACCAUCCAUUGUUGUAAGUAGCUUUCAGGAAAAUUUAGAAGCUCUAAAAUAAAUUACUGAUUAGAAUCUGUAGCUGGUACCAGCUCCAGCAAGGGUAUUCUGACUAGUACAUGUACAGAAAUAUAUCAGUAAAUUGGUUUGGUUUUGUUUUGUUUUUAAUAAUUCCAGCAAAGCCCUAAGGAAUUACUGCUUCUAGAAAUUUAAAGUGGUGUUUGUAAUAUGCAAAUGAAUUUGGCAGUUUUUUUCCUAUCUUUUUAAAAACAAAAAAACCUCAUAGCACUUUCUUGGUUCAAUGCAUUGUCUCUUUCCCCCUUAGCUUUAGACAAGGUUUGAAAACACUUGGUGUUUUGGAAAAAAUGCAGAUGAAUCCUGAUGCAUUCUGUAGCAUAUUAUGUCACAAGCCUGAGAAACUUACAGCAAAACUUCUUGGUGAUCUCUUUGCUAUCCACUGUGUACCAGGAGCAGACAAAGCCAGAAGUCUAGAUUUCUGGAUGGGUUACUUACAGGAAACAGAAGGUAAGAAAAAAUGGACCCACCUAAAUGAAUCUGAGCUAGGAAUCUGGAAUGUGUUGGGGGCUUUAAAAAAGACUUCAGUUCCUAUUUAUCAAACUCUUAAGACAAGCCUUGCCUAUGAAUUUUAGUUUCACUUUACAUUUGCAGUAAUGAUUAACUAUGGUCAAUUUAUCAUUAGCUUGAGUCACUCUUACCUUCUAAUGUGAAAAUCUUGUAAAAGCUGUUUUCAGCUAAUCAAAUUCCUCGUUCUUGGUCUAGGUGGUGAGUCAGCAGUAACUCUAGAGGACAUCUUAGUGUUUGCAACUGGCAUUCGUGAUAUCCCACCCAUUGGCUUUGAUCCUGAGCCUGCAGUUAAGUUUCUGCAUAUAAAAUACCCUGUUGGAAAGAGACACCUUAAUUGUUUAGAGCUUCCAAUAACAAAGUCUUACGAGAAGUUUAAAAGAAUUAUGGAUUGCACCAUCAGAAGUACUCUAAGGUUAGAAUCAGAAGUGCAUUAGUCACUACCAUGGAUGCUGAAAAUUGAAUGAUGAAGCAUUUAAGAAGCUUGCUAGCUGCUACUGGAUAACACACAUGUUCAUCCUCACAGACUUGCAACUUGAUCGUGGAAAUGGCUUAAUCUCAGUCUUUACAUUUUGAACAUUGAUUCAAAAUGAUGAACAAACAAAGCUUUCCAAACCAUUUUGCAUUAUUUGGUUUCUUUUUAACACUGUGCCCCAAUCUCAUCCUUAGCACAGCCCCACUUCAUAACAUAAGGCAACUGGUGACAUAAUUGUCUGCUGAUGUACUGUACCAUCCAUCCAUUUAUAUUAUAAUCAAAUAUACACUAGUAGACAACUAGAUUCACAAAUCCCUUUUACAUUGGUUUGUAAUAUAGCCAGAAAAUCAUGUUUUUGUGUAAGUUUUGGUUUGUUGAGAUGAGAAAAUAUUUUACAUUCUAAGUGAAUUUCAAGUAUCCUAGCUAUUACUUAUGAACUAUAAUAAGGAAGCUAAACAUAAUACCUCAUUUUAACUUUUGUCAUAUAUAUAUAUUAAAAGAAUAACAGAGCUUUAUGACACUGAAUACAGCUGUGGUGCAGUAUCCCAGCUGCUUUAAAAUUAAAUUUCCGUUCUACAGUCAUUCCAAAUAUUUUCCUUAGUAUUAGAAAAAUGUGCUGGUGUGUAAAGGUGUUGCAAUUCAUAGAAGUGUAAGCAUAUUCUUAUGUGCUAGUUAUAAGUGACUUAACAUGGACACUUAGAUGUCAAUCAUUUGAGAGAAAAGGUGAGGUUGACUUCAAGAGAAGGGCCAUGUCAAAAGGACAUGCAGAAGAAGAAUAAGAAGAAGAGUUUGGAUUUGAUAUCCCGCUUUCUCACUACCCUAAGGCAUCUCAAAGCGGCUAACGUUCUCCUUUCCCUUCCUCCCCCACAACAAACACUCCGUGAGGUGAGUGAGGCUGAGAGACUUCAGAGAAGUGUGACUAGCCCAAGGUCACCCAGCAGCUGCAUGUGGAGGAGCGGGGAAGCGAACCCGGUUCACCAGAUUACGAGUCCACCGCUCUUAACCUCUACACCAUGCAGGAGUAUCUCCAAACUCAUAUCAAAGUUCAAAUGAAAGCAAGCAGAAAUUCACACACAUUGAAGGCCCUAUAUGUGCCUGUUAUGAGAAUGGCAACAAACUAUAUGUAGAAAUACAUCUUGAAUUGCAGUGUUGCAGGAAUUAUUAUUCUCUGUGUAGCAUAGAUCCUUACAUUUAAACAUUCCAUACUACACUGAGUCCUGUAGAACCUUAGUAUAGAACCUUGGAAUAGACUCAUAGAGUUGGAAGGGAUCCAGAGGAUCAUCUAGUCCAACCCCCUGCAAUGCAGGAAUAUGCAACUGUAUCUUAUGGGGAUUGAACCUGUAACCUUAGUGUUAUCAGCACCACGCUCUAACCAACUGAGCUAUCCGCCUUAUUGUAAAUAUUUCACUUACUCAAAAAGAUAAUUUUUCAGUGUUUUCUGUUGGAUUGUAUAUGGCUUUUUAUGUCCUGCUCCCUGCCCUGGGUUUUGCAGGCCUAUAUAUUUGCAGUUGCACUGUGCUUUGAAAAUCCUCCAGGUACAUCAUAAGCAUCAUAUAAACAUGCUUCAAUCUUUUCCUUGAGCUUAAGAACAGGGAGGAAAAUUGCUUAAAAGACCUCUCAGACAUGCUGAGCAUUAAAAGACCUCCCAUGUCAUGCUAAGCAUUGGAAAUGAGCUCCCUCCCGUACUGGGGAAUGCAGAGAUUUUGCUGGCUACCCAAACUAGCAAAAAUUUGUGGGCUAAAGGAAGAAAGGAUUUUGGGCUGCUAUGGGUUGUAUUCAAUUAAGCUUUUCCAUUUGCACAAUGGAAUUUCCUCUCUCUUCUUCCCUGCAUUCCCCUCCCCCCUCAAAAUCUGUUCCAGAAGGUUGGGGGACCCUCUGGAGAUGUUUGGGGGCUCUAUUCAUACAGCAUGGAAUAGAACCCUCUAAGUUUAUAAACAUGUUGGUCUACUGCAGGCAUGUCCAAAGUCCGUUUCGGGGCCCUUAAAAAGACCUCCACAACUUCAAUCCUAAAAAAAGCUCCACAACUUCAAUCUUAAAAAACAAGGUCAACAACUUUGGUCAGCCCUCAUAGCCCUUCACUUCAUCAAAUCUGGCCCUCUUUGAAAAAAGUAUGGACACCACUGGUCUACUAUAUAAUCUGUGUUCCCUACAGAAGUCUUGAUCAUUGUAUUUUAUAUUGCAGUAUCUGUGGAUUUAAUUUACUUCCCAUGAUUGGUGCAUCCUGGCAAUCUAUUCUUUGCACUUUGUGAUUUUAUGACCUUGUUAGCUUAGCCGUUUGUUGGGUUAAAGUACUAGGAGUAAAGAAAAUGCUGUUGUGCUAUUUCUGCCUUAAAACCUCUGUGCACAGGAUGUGAACCUCUUAAGUUCACCUAAUUGUGAUUAUUUGAAUAUGUACUACUUUAUUAGAGUUGUAAUGCUACAUCUAUACUAGCAUAAGUAGGAUAAACUGCAAAUGAAUGGAAUCCGCAAAUAGAUGUCAAUUCAGGGCAACAGUAUUCCUUAUGGCAGCUCAGGUACCUUUAACACUUCACUGAAUGCUUUUAUCAUAGCAUUCUUAAAUUCAUUGAUUUUUUUGUUCUGUAAUUUGGAUUAAAGGAAGGCACCAUUUCUGUAUGAUUGAACUCUUUCAUGGGUGGGGGGGGAUUAAACAAUUAGCAUUAUGUAGAAAUAGUGUAGAAUACAAAUUUGCAUGUACAAUUAUAAGUUUGUAAAUAUUAGUUUUUGUUUAAAACUGUAAUAUCUAUUUCCUGGGGCUUUCUAUGGCUUCCAGUGUCUGUUUGCUCUUUUAUUACUUGCAGCAAUGUAUUAUGGGAGAACCGUCAUUUACAUGUACUGUAUAUAAAGUGCAAUAAAUCAACGAUGUGUCAGUUAACAGUAUUAAAUAUAUAUGCAUUCAAAUGU